AUGCGACCUCCAAGAGUAAUAAUAGCUGUCGUCUUCUUCGUGACGACGGUCGUUUUGACAGUCCUUUCGUAUCGAUCAUCAAAUCACCCACAGAUCAUCGAGACCGCCUCCGGCCCUACGCAGAAACCGACUGGGCUUCAGGCGUUCUUUUCCAUUCGAACGCCUUUCUCCCUCUUCCCUCCAAAUGCAAUAAUCACCCUCACGCAUGAGAACUCAACGGCGUUCCUCGCCAGACCUGCUGCCUUUGGACCACAAUUACCGGUUGAGGGUCUAAAGGGACAGGUAUGGAUUGGAAGUGGAUUUGGAGAUGAUGGUAUACGGCAAGGACCCGUGGUGACUGGUGCAGAAGGGGAAUUGGGAUGCAGUGAUGUGCCCGGUUGGAUGGACAAUUACAAGAGCGUACCGGCCGUUGAAAACAAGGACUCAAAAUCUGGGAGUGGCAAGUCUUCGACAGCAGCUGCGAAGGCAAACAUCCAAGACCGAGCAAGUGAGGGGAAAGUCCGUGAGGAGCACGAAGACACGACGGAAAAAUCCUCGAAGGAGUCUGGAAGUGCAGCAGGGCCAUCAACGAACGACGGAACGGACGACCAUCUCCACCACCCCUUACCCGGGUCGUCGGUAUCCAAAGCCAAAGACAAGCAUAUGGAGGGGUCGAAAGGCAGCCAUGCAGAUAUUCAAUCUAUUCAAGAGAGUGCGGAGAUAGCUGGGAAAGUUGUUCUUCUCUCUCGUGGUGGUUGCGGCUUCUUAGAGAAAGUGAAAUGGGCGCAGAGAAGAGGGGCGAUAGCGCUGAUUGUUGGCGACGAUACAAAAGGCGGGCCGUUGAUACAGAUGUACGCUCGUGGCGACACGUCGAAUGUGACUAUCCCGUCAAUUUUCACCUCGCGAACCACAGCGCAUCUGUUAUCUUCCCUAAUAGGGCCAGGAAGCUUCUUAGAAGAUGCUCUGGACGAAAAUGGGAAGCCCGUACUGAGCGUUCACCACACGGAUGCGACACGAAAGUCGGGCAAGAAGCAAGGAUCUCAGCCAACUUUUACGCAAAUGGCGGCCGGGUCUCCAAAAGCCACAGCUACUAGUCACCCCACGCCAAGAGCUACGAGCAAGAAAACUUCACCCAAAGCCGAAAAGGAAACAUCAGUUGCGACUGAACGACCUAGCUGGUUUAGGUCACUUUUCUUUGGUCCCAGGAAGGGGGAUGCCAAAACAGAGAGUAGUCGGCCACCUAGCAGUGGCCAGUUAGAUUGGGUUCUUGUCGACGACUGGAAGGAUGAUGAUCACGUUGGCUCCAAGAAAAUUUCGACCAAGCCAAAGAAAGCCGAACCGGAAAAGAAGAAACAGAAGACAAAGCCUAAACCGAAAGCUUCAUCUGGUGAUGAUUUCGUUAUUGGUGUGCAAGAUUGGCGAGAUCCAGACUUGUUGAGUCCCUCUUCUGAUCCUGACGCAUCCACCCAGACACCAUCUAAAGAAGAGAAAUCGGAUGGUUCCAGUACAUCAAGUCCUGCUACGAAGGUGGGAGGGAAGAAACAUCUUGGUGGUGCACUCCAAGAAAUUCCGGAAUAUGUUCCUUCUCUGCGAGGUGGAAGUAUUACGCCCGGGAGUGGUGAGUAUGGGACUAGCGAUUCUUCGGUCGAGCAGGAUAUUGAUAAAAAUGACGAGGAUAAAGAGGAGGGUACUGCAAAAGGGCUUCUAACUACUAUCUUCGGUGAUGAUGAGGAAGAUGUGGAGUUUUUGACACCUCAUCCUGCGGUUACGAAUGAUGACUUGCCCGAUGACGAUAACGAUGAGCUUGAGGGAUUGUGGGUCACCUUGACACCCACGAGCGGAGCCAGCCCGUUUUUGGAUACUCUGUUAGUAUUGGUAGUAAGUCCGCUCGUGACAUUGACUGUAGUCUAUGCAUUACUUUUGAUACGCUCGAGAAUUCGCCGUCGUCGUUGGAGGGCUCCUAAGUCGGUAGUAGAGAGGUUGCCUGUCAGAACUUAUCAAACCGUUGCAAGUAUCAGUCCGCAGCCAUCAAGAAUUUCAGCAGCUGUCGAACCAACUGUCACAACACCUCUGCUUCAACAUUCACCUCCCAGCAGACCGCGACCACGUUCGCGGACAACAUCGGGCAUACCAGAGCCUGGAGAUAUCAUACGCGCAAACUCAAACCCAUUACAUGUUCCAUCCAUGCCACCACGGUCGCCGGAGCCAGAGAAACAUCAGGGAAGUCACACAAGUGAAUGGAGAAAGUAUAUGGGCAAGCAAGUGGAAUGUGUGGUAUGCCUCGAGGAGUACGUUGAUGGAGUCAGUCGUGUUAUGAGUUUACCAUGUGGCCAUGAGUUUCACGUUGACUGCAUUACACCUUGGCUGACAACUCGCCGUCGAACCUGUCCCAUAUGCAAAGGAGAUGUAGUUCGCUCUCUGGCUAGAGGAACCCCUUCCAGUCCUCGAUACGAUUCUUACCACGACGACAGCGAUGAAGACAGCCAAGGCGAGAGCGCUACUUCAUCAUUACCAAUCCCAACAGCAGCAGAGAACACCGAUGUAGAGCAAGGCACACCAACACGAACCCGUAGACCACCUCAGCCAGGCAGCUGGCGCAGUCUCCUAGCCAGUAGCCUCGGAUCAUCUUCACGAACGCCGCCUCCGCCUCAAGAGGACCGGAGCCGCUGA